AUGGAUGUUCCAGCGAUCCCCGCUUCUUUUCCUUCAGUAAUUUCUGCAGUCUUCUCUGGCACAGCAUGGGGUGUUGAUGCUCUAGUCAACUCAGUAACUUUCAAUGGAGUAGCUGUGUCUUCAUUCACCUUUUCUCCAUAUCAAGAAAUUUCCACGGUGAUAGAUGGACCCAUCGUUGUUACAUUUUACUUACCCCCAGCAAAUCACACCUUUGCAGGAAAGACAACGUUCGUGAAAAGGCAUCUCACCGGCGAAUUCGAGAAGAAAUACGAACCCACCAUCGGUGUGGAGGUUCACCCGUUGGACUUUUUCACAAACUGUGGAAAGAUUCGCUUCUAUUGUUGGGAUACCGCUGGGCAAGAGAAGUUUGGUGGCCUCAGAGAUGGCUAUUAUAUCCAUGGUCAAUGUGCGAUUAUCAUGUUUGAUGUUACUGCACGACUAACAUACAAAAAUGUCCCUACCUGGCAUCGUGAUCUUUGUCGGGUCUGUGAAAACAUCCCAAUUGUUCUUUGUGGUAACAAGGUUGAUGUCAAGAACAGGCAAGUGAAAGCAAAGCAGGUUACCUUCCAUAGGAAGAAGAAUUUGCAGUACUAUGAGAUAUCUGCUAAGAGCAAUUAUAAUUUUGAAAAGCCGUUUUUGUACUUGGCCAGGAAACUUGCAGGGGAUACUAACUUACACUUUGUAGAAUCUCCUGCAUUGGCUCCUCCCGAGGUUCAAAUUGAUUUAGCUGCUCAACAACAGCAUGAGGCUGAGCUUGCUGCAGCUGCUAGUCAGCCCCUUCCUGACGAUGAUGAUGAUACAUUUGAGUAGGAAAUGUGCGUGUGGUCCAUUUUCCUGAGUAGUUACUGGUACUUGUGUAUGCUACAAUAUGUGAAGAUUUUGGGUUGUAUUAUCUAUUGACCCUUUUGGACGUGGAUUUGGGGAUUUAAUUUCAAUCGUUAUGAGGUGUUUUGCUUAA